GUCGUGUCUCUGCACACAUACGCCACUGAGAGGUCGAGCACUCGUCGGGUGUAUGUGGUCAUGGUCGACAUGCUGCUGAGCGCACGUUGAAGGGUCGACUUUUGUCUCCCACCCCGGGCGGCAGCCGACUCCUUGGCGCAGCUGGUGACACUGCGGGAGAGGAUUGAGGGGCUUCGGGUGUUGUCGAUGUUGCUGCUGCUGCCGGCGCGGGAGGGGGACACCUGGCCCGAAUCUUGCGCUUCAAAGUCAUGACGCUGGUGUUGGCUGCGCUGAUGCAUUUGUCCUUUAUGUGGCGCCACAAAGUGGUCUUGAUGAUGUCACCUGGGCGCAAAGAGAGAACAGCAACAUCCGUCCGUUCGUAUGUCUCGUGCGUGAGCGUCGAAAAGGAAUACGGCACCCAACCGUAAGGCAGAAACAGGUCGGUGAGGAAGUCGAAUGUGGCGAAAAUCAAAGAGUUGACCACCUUUGCCUCUACCGACUCCAUACGGGCCUGGAUCAACCGGGGCACGCUGAUGUACAGCAUUGCUGAGGUGAAGAUCAAUGGAGCUGUCCUUGUUGGGGGCCCGUGAGCGAUAAACCGGGCUGUGCCGGUUGCUAUGCCUGCAGGACAGGCAGAGACACGAACUGUCCUUGCGUGUGGACGGAUGAAUCUUUCUUUCAAUUGAUUUCGUGUUGACCUAUGAGCGGCCUGCCGACAAUGAGCGCAAUGAAUGCAAUCUUGGUGCGGCGAGCGUCCGACUGCGCCUUCGUUGCUAAUGGCAGGAACAGCGUCAACCAUAUGGUCAUGGUGAUGAGCGGCAUGAACCACGUCAAGGUCGCCUGCAGGGCGUAUAUCCUCUUCUCUCUGACGGAGCUCAUGUUCAUGUCAUCGGCCGCCUGACGAUAGAACAGGUAAGGGGUCACCGCACCUGCAGGCACAGUGACACCGACACAGGAAACACGGACCCUUCAGAAGGAGACACGGAGAGAAGGCAUACCGAUGCAGAUGUAGAGGGCUGGACCGAGGAAGGCGUUUUGGACAAUCGACGACAGAUGAACAUGGUGGGAAACGGACGUCAGGAGGGUGAAGACCAGCAGAGGAAACACGACGGGGCACGACUUUCGCAACCGUCUCCGGCACCUGUAGAGGCAAUCGCCCCCAACGCCUUCGACCAUGAGGGUGCAAAUGAGCCAGAAAAUGCCCCAAUCAGUGCUCUCCUGGCGACGUCGAGGAUGAUCCAAGGCACAUCGACGCUCGUGUCCUCACAGGAAAGCCAGUAGAGCGUAUAUAGCACCACCCACACGGCAGCGAUGCCGGUCCCAGCAGCCACUUGAUGGCAAAUGACGUGGAGAGAGCGCCACAUAGUGCGGCUGACCGGCUCUGGGUGGAACUCGGCGCCAACCAGCACAUCGACCAUGAGACCAUCAGGGCCCUCGGCCUCCUCGUAUCGCAUUCGUGUCUCAAACUCUUGGUACCUGCACACAACACAAAUGCAUGUGCAAAUGUCUUGAACACCCAUAGCCCGAAGUCAAUGCUCACGCGGCAUUGUAUCCUGCGGCGUCGUGGAACUCUCUCUCCACAGCGGCAAUGGCCAGCUCCUGCUCCCUCUCGCCCCUCGGAAGGCCCGCUUCCUCCAUCAUGACCCCAUCUCGGCUCCUCCCGCGCCGCUCGCUGGGCGGCUCCCGGUCGAUGAAAACACUGAAGAACCGCUGCACUCUCUCACGGAAGGUGCGCCGCGUCGGCAUCAGCUGCCAGUCACCCCUCUCCCUCGGCAAUGCGGGCAAGUUGCAGUCGCCUGGGUGUUCCGCUGGCCCCCCGACCUUCCCCCGAUCAUGCUCUGGCUGUUCCGUGAGCGUGACGUCGACUUCGUUGUCAGACCAGACAGACUCAGCAGACCAGUGGUCAGAUGACUCGAUGACAGGGGAGCUGUCGCCUUCAAUUUGAUUCAGCCGCACGGUCACGAUGGGACUUAUCGUGGGAAACGUCCGGGCAACGUCGUUACUCUCGGUCUCGGGCUCCGUCAUCUUCAUUGACGCGGCGGAAGAUGGCUCAUUCGAGCCGCCGGCGGAGGGCUGCCAGUGUGCUGCUGGGGUGGUUGCUGGGGCCAGCAGGGUCGUCUUGGUUUGUGUUCUCCAUUCUGAAUCAGCGCAAUGGCGAUCGUCGUCGAGAGGCCUGUCGGGUUUUUACGAGGGAGGCGGGAUACCUUUUGUGGACUCAAAAAAGACUUGGCC